AGGCCGCCAUUGCUGCUUUGAACACCUCAGAAGGGGAGAAUGGAUUUAUCAGGAGUGAAAAAGAAGAGCUUGCUAGGAGUCAAAGAAACUAAUAAAAAGUCCAGCACUAGGGCUCCUUCUCCUACCAAACGCAAAGACCGCUCUGAUGAGAAGUCCAAGGAUCGCUUUAAAGAUGAGGGGGCCACCAAGGAGUCGAGCGAGAAGGAUCAUGGCAGGGAUAAAACUGGAAAGAGGUGCAGCGCUUCCAGUGGUAGCAGCAGCACCAGGUCUCGGUCCAGCUCGACCUCCAGCUCGGGCUCCAGCAGCAGCUCGGGCUCCAGCAGCAGCUCCAGCUCAUCUUCGGCAUCGAGCCGCUCAGGAAGUUCCAGCACAUCCCGUAGCUCCAGCUCCGGCAGCUCCCCUGGCUCUCCGAGUCCUUCUCAGCGCAGGCCUGACGACAGGCGGUGUUCCCACUCCAAAUCCAAACCACCCAAAAGAGAUGGAAGGGAAAGGAAAAGGCAGAGCCCUUCUCCUAAACCCACCAAAGUGCACAUUGGAAGGCUCACCAGGAAUGUGACCAAGGAUCGUAUCCUGGAGAUAUUCUCCACGUACGGGAAAAUUAAAAUGAUUGACAUGCCUGUAGACAGGAUGCACCCCCAUCUGUCUAAAGGCUAUGCAUAUGUGGAGUUUGAGAAUCCAAAUGAGGCCGAGAAGGCGCUGAAGCAUAUGGACGGAGGACAAAUGGAUGGCCAGGAGAUCACUGCCACUGCUGUGCUGGCCCCCUGGCAUCAGCCACCCCACAGGCGAUUCAGCCCUCCCAGGAGAAUGCUGCCACCGCCUCCCAUGUGGUGCAGGUCACCCCCACGGAGGAGGAGCAGGUCGCGUUCCCCUCGGCACAGGUCCCCCGUGCGCCAGCGAUCCCGCUCCCUGGGCCACCGCCACCACAGGAGCCACCCCAGCUCCACCUCCUCCCGAUAA